CUAGUUUAACAACGUAGCGGUAGAAAAAUGUUCCGCUCGUUCGUUACCUGAGACUGGCGAGGUUUAGCUAAAUAGACAACAGCCACAGGAGAGAGAGAGAGAGAGAGAGGAGGAAAAUGGAAUGAAGAAAAUUACAUUUAAAAAAAAACUAUGAGGUUGGAAUUUCCGUGUCUUAAAUCAACCGGAGAAGGUGUAGAGCUGUUGGGUUAGCCCGUCUGUCCAACCAACCGCGCUCCACCAGGUGUAUCAGACCGCUGGGAAUGACUGCACCUUCACAACCUCGCCAGGAGUGGGCCCUGGAGGACGACGCCCACAUCAAUCACACAGCCAGGAGCUAGGAGCACCUUCCUUCCUUUAGCUAGGAUAGCCUCUCUUAGUUCGCUAGUGUGAGUCCAGUCCUAGGUUGAGAUGCAGCUUUGAUACUGGUGGUGAUUGGAGAAGAAAGAAAGAGCCACGAACCCACAGAAGAGGAUGGCUCAUCAGUUCACCUGAUCUUUACGCUCUACCCUCACCGUUGCUAACUUGAUUAGUAGUUAUCAGCUCAACCGUUGAAGUCCGUAGGACCUCAUAAAGAGUAUAUUCACACUCACACAUUCAGUACUAGCCCUGCACUGUGUGUGGUGACUUGGCUCUCUCCACCUCUCCGUUCCCCUCCACGCCCCCUGCCGGUCUGGUGGAUGUUUUGGCGGCUCUGAGGACUGCAUGGCAGUGGAGUAAUCGUGGAGAGGCCAGGGUACCACAAACUUAUGGACUUUGACAAGAGAGGAGGAGGAGGAGGAAAGGGGGAGGCAGAGGAAGGGAAGAGGAUGUCGAAGUCCGGAGGGAGCCGGUCGGGGCAUGGUAGUCGCAGCUCGGGGAGCGGCUCCGGGGUGCUCAUGGUAGGCCCUAACUUCCGGGUCGGGAAGAAGAUCGGCUGUGGGAACUUUGGAGAGCUACGCCUGGGGAAGAACCUGUACACUAAUGAAUAUGUGGCUAUCAAACUGGAGCCCAUCAAGUCCCGGGCCCCACAGCUCCACCUGGAGUACAGGUUCUAUAAACAGCUGGGGAGUUCAGAGGGCGUCCCCCAGGUGUUCUACUUCGGGCCCUGUGGGAAGUAUAAUGCCAUGGUUCUGGAGCUGCUGGGACCCAGUCUGGAAGACCUGUUUGAUCUGUGUGACAGAACCUUCUCCCUCAAGACCGUCCUCAUGAUCGCUAUUCAGCUGAUCACGCGGAUGGAGUUCGUCCACACCAGGAGUCUGAUCUACCGGGAUGUGAAGCCAGAGAACUUCCUGGUUGGCCGGCCCGGCAGCAAGCGGCAGCACACCAUCCACAUCAUAGACUUCGGCCUGGCCAAAGAGUACAUCGACCCCGAGACCAAGAAACACAUCCCUUACAGGGAGCACAAGAGCCUGACGGGCACCGCACGUUACAUGAGCAUCAAUACUCACCUGGGUAAAGAACAAAGCAGGAGAGACGACCUGGAAGCUCUAGGUCACAUGUUCAUGUACUUCCUGCGAGGCAGUCUACCCUGGCAAGGCCUGAAGGCAGACACUCUGAAGGAGCGUUAUCAGAAGAUAGGUGACACCAAGAGAGCCACGCCCAUCGAGGUGCUGUGUGAGAGCUUCCCAGAAGAGAUGGCCACCUACCUGCGUUAUGUGCGGCGCCUGGAUUUCUUUGAGAAGCCGGACUACGACUACUUACGGAAACUCUUCACCGACCUCUUCGAUAGGAACGGCUACGUCUUUGAUUACGAGUACGACUGGGUCGGCAAGCCACUGCCCACUCCUAUUGGUCCAGUCCCCAGUGAGCCCCUCCUACAGUCCAGCAGCAGAGACAAGGCAGCGCAACAGACCAAAAACCAGUCGCCAGAACCCAAAGGAAGUGAUUCCCAGCCCACUCCAGUGACCAAUAGGGAGCUGCUGGGGUCCCAUCUAACAGCUGAUAGGCUGGGGGGCUCUGUCCAGGUGUUGAGUUCAACCAAUGGGGAGCUGAAUACAGACGACCCGACGGCGGGCCACUCCAAUGCACCCAUCACCGCCCCGGCCGAGGUGGAGGUGGCCGACGACACCAAGUGCUGCUGUUUCUUUAAGAGGAGGAAGAGGAAAGGCCUCCAGAGACACUAGUGAAGAAGAGGAAAGGCCUCCAGAGACACUAGUGAAGAAGAGGAAAGGCCUCCAGAGACACUAGUGAAGAAGAGGAAAGGCCUCUCGCGACACUAGUGAAGAAGAGGAAAGGCCUCCAGAGACACUAGUGAAGAAGAGGAGGAGGAGGAGUUGUUGGCAACCACACUGACAGAGGGAAGGAAGCAGUACUGAAACUGAGCUGAGCCCAGUACUCUACACCCUCCUCUCUGUCAGUCUCACUCUGCGUGUGUUCAGUUAGAGCGCCCCCUGUCGGCCCUCCUGCAGUACUACAACAGACUGUGAUGACCUGCCGCUACAGACGGACAGGACCCAAUGGGACAGAACCAGGACUGUCUGUGUUGUUGGACCUGUUUUAUAUUCUAAACCUGAAGAAGAAGGAAGAUUGUAAGGAAUAAAUGUGUAUAUUUCUAUGAGGAUAAUGGAUGGAUGGAUGGAUGGAUGGAUGGAUGGAUGGAUGGAUGGAUGGAUGGAUGGACGAGGCCUGAAGAUGAGCUCAUGAUGGGUGGAUGGACGGACGGACGAGGCCUGAAGAUGAGCUCAUGAUGGGUGGAUGGACGGAUGGACGGAUGGACGGACGGACGGAUGGACGGACGGACGAGGCCUGAAGAUGAGCUCAUGAUGGGUGGAUGAAUGGAUAAAUGAAUGAAGAGAGCCAGGAACGACCUGAGAGAUCAUAAAUAAGAGACUAUUAAAGGACAGAGAACAAA